UCCCAGCUAUUCUUAGGAGCCUCCCAGGAGGAGCUCUGUACAGCCUGGCCAGGGAGCAAGGGACACAGCAGAGGAAGCUGCCACUGUCAGCCUCGGCAUGUCUUACAGUGUGACUCUGACAGGGCCUGGGCCCUGGGGCUUCCGUCUGCAGGGAGGCAAGGACUUCAAUAUGCCCCUCACUAUCUCUCGGAUCACUCCAGGCAGCAAGGCAGCGCAGUCCCAGCUCAGCCAAGGAGACCUGGUGGUGGCCAUUGAUGGAGUCAACACGGACACUAUGACCCACCUGGAGGCCCAGAAUAAGAUCAAGUCUGCCAGCUACAACCUGAGCCUCACUCUGCAGAAGUCCAAGCGUCCUAUACCCAUCUCCACAGCUGCACCCCCUAUCCAGUCCCCACUGCCAGUGAUCCCCCACCAGAAGGACCCUGCUCUGGACACGAACGGCAGCCUGGCGACUCCCAGCCCCAGCCCUGAGGCGAGGGCCAGCCCAGGCACCCCAGGCACCCUGGAGUUCGGGGACACCUUUAGCUCUUCCUUCUCCCAGACUUCUGUCUGCGCCCCACACAUGGAAGCCCUGGAGCCUGUGCUUCCUCAGGGCAGCCCAGUGGCCAAGGCCAGACCAGAGGGUGCACAGGGCUCAGUCAGCCCCAAAGUUCUGCCAGGCCCCAGCCAACCGAGGCAAUAUAACAACCCCAUUGGCCUGUACUCAGCAGAGACCCUGAGGGAAAUGGCUCAGAUGUAUCAGAUGAGCCUCCGAGGAAAGGCCUCAGGUGCUGGACUCCUAGGAGGCGCUGACUACCAGGAACGCUUCAACCCCAGCGUCCUGAAGGAUUCAGCCCUAUCCACCCACAAGCCCAUUGAGGUGAAGGGCUUGGGAGGCAAGGCUACCAUCAUCCACGCUCAGUACAACACCCCAAUCAGCAUGUACUCUCAGGAUGCCAUCAUGGAUGCCAUCGCUGGGCAGGCCCAGGCCCAGGGCAGUGACUUCAGUGGGAGCCUGCCCGUGAAAGACUUGGCCGUAGACAGCGCCUCUCCCGUGUACCAGGCUGUGAUCAAAAACCAAAGCAAGCCGGAAGAUGAGGCUGAUGAGUGGGCCCGCCGGUCCUCCAGCCUGCAGUCUCGCUCCUUCCGCAUCCUGGCCCAGAUGACUGGGACAGAGUACAUGCAAGACCCUGAUGAAGAAGCUCUGAGAAGGUCAAGCACCCCUAUUGAGCAUGCUCCAGUGUGCACCAGCCAAGCCACUUCCCCGCUGCUGCCUGCUUCUGUCCAGCCGCCUGCUGCUGCCUCUCCCAUUGCAGCCUCGCCAACCUUGGCCACAACUGCUGCUGCCCAUGCUGCCACUGCCUCUGCUGCAGGCCCUGCCUCAAGCCCUGUGGAGAAUCCGAGGCCACAGGCCUCUGCCUCCAGUCCUGCAGCAGCUAUGUCUCCAGCACCCUCUGCCCAUACGAGCUACAGUGAGGGUCCAGCUGCCCCUGCACCCAAGCCUCGGGUUGUAACCACGGCCAGCAUCCGGCCUUCUGUCUACCAGCCAGUGCCUGCAUCUACCUACAGCCCGUCCCCAGGAGCCAAUUAUAGUCCAACUCCUUAUACCCCCUCACCUGCUCCUGCUUAUACCCCCUCGCCUGCACCCACCUACACCCCCUCGCCUGCACCAGCUUAUACUCCCUCACCUGCCCCAAACUAUAAUCCUACCCCGUCAGCUGCCUACAGCGGGGGCCCUGCUGAGUCUGCCAGCCGUCCCCCCUGGGUGACCGAUGACAGCUUCUCUCAGAAGUUUGCUCCCGGAAAGAGCACCACCUCUGUCAGCAAGCAGACCCUGCCUCGGGGGGCUCCAGCCUACAAUCCCACAGGCCCACAGGUGACGCCUCUUGCCAGGGGCACCUUUCAGCGAGCUGAGCGCUUCCCAGCCAGCAGCCGGACUCCCCUCUGUGGCUACUGCAACAAUGUCAUCAGGGGUCCUUUUUUGGUAGCCAUGGGGCGCUCUUGGCACCCAGAAGAGUUCAAUUGUGCCUACUGCAAGACUUCCUUGGCGGAUGUAUGCUUUGUGGAGGAGCAGAACAACGUGUACUGUGAACGGUGUUACGAGCAGUUCUUUGCUCCGGUCUGUGCCAAGUGCAACACCAAAAUCAUGGGGGAAGUGAUGCAUGCUCUGCGACAGACAUGGCACACCACCUGCUUCGUCUGCGCAGCCUGCAAGAAGCCUUUUGGGAACAGCCUCUUCCACAUGGAGGAUGGAGAGCCAUACUGUGAGAAAGACUACAUCAAUCUGUUCAGCACCAAGUGUCAUGGAUGUGAUUUCCCUGUGGAAGCUGGUGACAAGUUUAUUGAGGCCCUGGGGCACACCUGGCAUGACACAUGCUUCAUUUGUGCGGUCUGCCAUGUGAAUCUGGAGGGGCAGCCAUUUUACUCCAAGAAAGACAAACCACUGUGCAAGAAGCAUGCGCAUGCCAUCAAUGUGUAGGGGCCCAAGGUGGCUGGCGAGGGCCAAGCCCAGGCUGCUCCUGCUACCGACAAUGAAGGAGUCAAAGAAGCUGAUGUUUCUUCUUAGGGGGGAAAGGGAGCGAGAGGAAAUGAUUGAGCCCUUUUGAAGUCUAAUUUUAGUCUUUUCUUAUACACAUAGAUUGUGUAUUUUCGUAGUUCAGACUGGAGGCCAAAAGAAGAUGCUGAAUCCAGCCAGUAAUUAAUCCAUGGCUGGAAUUGCACUUCAGACUUUUGGGGAAGGAUUCCAACAAAUCAAAAGUGGAAAAACAAAAAGCAAUGUUCAAAAACCAUAGGCUCCCUGACCAUCACUGUCACCAGCGUAGGGACAGAGCUCAGGGCAGUUAUGGAGAAUCCAAAGCAUGCAGCAGACUUCUGGAAAGCUCCUUGGCAAACACAACGAUGUGCCAAACUGUAUUUGCUGGGGUUAUUUUUAGAGCCAGCACUGAGAGCUCCUUAGCUAAGCCCCAUUGGACUUUCCUCACCAAAAAAGGAAGAGUUUUUCCAUUAGCACCCAAGAGCCACCUUUGCGAAUUAGACUUCAGAUGUUGAACAAACUUGAAGCAGUAAGGGGAGCCCACACAUCUGAGGCAGUGUCCGGCCCCCACUGGGCAGAUGAAAACGCUCCAGGGAGGUCUUUGGCCCAGGCCACUGACAGCUGAGAAAAGAGCUCUCUCUGCUUCUCCCCCUCUUUCAGUCUGAAACAUCUAAAGUCGUGGAAGGCUUUGCUCCUUUUUGAAUUGUCAUGGAAAAGUGAAAUUGGGUUUUUCCAGUUUUCCUUUACAAUGUAUCAGAAGAGGUUUGAAAAGAAACAAAACAAAACUGGGGGUGGGGUUUAGCCUUUGUUUUGCUUUAAGAGUGAGUGUUCUGUGCAUGUAUUCACCCCCUACCCACAACUGCUCACAUCCAUCUUUCUCAUCACCACCCUCACAGAGGCUCAGAGGAAAGAAAAGAGAGGCAACUGUCAAGCACAGGAUGGUAGAACAGGCUCUCCCCACUGUGCCUGGGGAGGGGGCUUUCUGUCAGCCUCUGGAGGGGUGUGUGGGCUGCAGGAUUUCAGGGCUGCACUGGUGGCCUGCUUCUUUAAAAGCAGCACACCAAUUAUAGAACCAGGCUGACUGCUUCAGGAGGGUUGGGGCGGGGAGAUACAUUCGCCAUUUGGGCCAAUAAUCUGAACAUAGCUGAAUGAAUUUAGAAUAUUUAUUGAAAUAGACAUGGCCUUCAGACUCCUUUACAAUACAAGUGACUCCUUUACAGAUAGAGUUAGGGGAGCUUGAUAAAGCUAUUUAGAGGUAAAGAAAGCAGCUUCCUUUCUGGGUUUGGAGAUGGUGUGGCCACUUUUUUUUCUAGGAAGUGCUGUUAGGAUGGAUGUUCAUUGAGGAUGGCAUCGAAGCAGGGUGUGCGUGUCUGUUUGUAUGUUUGUCACUGGAACACAGUAUUUAGGCAUUCUGCCAACUCACUGCCCCGCUCUCCUUGAUCCUGUUUUGGAUUUUUCUCCUUGCACGUUUGAAAUGCUUUAUGCAUUCAAUCUCUUUUUCUUUUGAGAACUAAGGCUUCCUUCCAAGAGACUGCCAUUCUACUUAAGGGUCAUUCCAGGCUGGAAGACUCCGAAAUAGUUAGACAUAGCCUGGGCAGAAACUCAGUUUUUCUGUUUGGAAUCACCAAUCCCCUCCAGUCAGCACCAGGGAAGGUCAGAACUGCACUCCUACCAAAUAACCCUUCUUUACUUUUUCUGCAAAGCUGCAGGCUGAGUAAAUUCUGCUGGGACAGCCUGGAGAUUUGUCCAGACAUGCAGAGCAAUACCUUGUACGGUCUGUUAUUUUUGGAAAGUUUGAAUAUUCAGGGACAAGGAGCAUGUUGAGUAAAGAGAAGAGUUCUAAGCAGUUGAUUUUUCAAAAACCUAUCUAUUUUUUAAAUGGUUAGGAACUGGUCUUGAGGAAGGGAAAUAAAAAUCCCUACAGUUACAUUUCUAAAAUUUACUUUAAAGAUUUUAUACGUGUGAACAGACACUGCUCCUGUGUAAUCAUUAUCAUUUUCUGUAGGACGUUUAACAAGAAAAUAAAAAUGUCCCAAAGGAAAGCAUCCCCAUCAUUCUAUAUUAACUAGUUUUUUUCUUUUUUUAAACAUUUAGUAGUUCAUGUAUAGUCUAGAAGAAUUUUUAUUUUUCAAAAACAAAACAACAUUUUAAGGGCUGGCUGUAAUCCAGUAGUACAGAAUUUCCUUAGAAUUCAGGGUGCUCUAGCUUUGGUCCCCAGCACUGCCAAAACCAAUAUAAAGGUAGCAGAAAUGGAGCUAGUUCAAGAAUGUUCACUGAGUGAGCCUGCAGUGUUAAGAUUAAUUAAGACUGUGUGGCAUUUGGUUAACAUCAUGGCUUUCCUGUGACAGCAAACAGUUUUUACCAGUGCACAGGAGGAAUAUAGUUUGUCUUGUCUUUUUAUUGUUGGCAUUAAUUUAAUAGUCUGAUAAACACUCACCUUUUGCAGUAGAAUGGCUUGUAUUGGCAGUGUUUGUGUUAGCAAUCUAGCCUUUGUAAUGUGAACUUUUCAACCCAAGUCUUCUUGCUUUGGGGUCUUUUUCCUUUCUUUUUGUUAAGUUUUCUGAAGUGGAAUAUAAUGUGUUGGAGGUGUGCACAAAACUAUUUUUGCAUGUUUUUCUUUUCUUUUUUCUUUUUGGUCCGUGUGGAUUCUUUUUAGCAAAUAAAAUUCAGAAAAAGAUGUACAAA